AUGCCACAAGCUGACGACGAAGAUUUUGACACAGCUUUGACUGGCCAGAUUGGCCUGGCGAAUCUGGACAACAUGUUCGACGGUUCUACCGAGCACGCGGCAGACGCUGUUGACUUCGAGGACGAGGAAGAGCUGGCCGAAGAAGAGGAAGAGUCGUCCAAAGAGGAGGCACGCGAGGAGCCAGAGGAGGAAGAGGGAGAGGAAGAAGACGAUGAUUUUAUGAAAGAGCUCCAGGAGGAGGCGAUGGAGGGAGUUGAGGAUGAUGAAGGAGAGAAUCGUGGAGGGACAAUAUUUGACAACAAUGUGACAAAUAUUGGACUCACCGAUCUUGACUACGAGCACACGCAAGGUCUAGACGAACACGAUGGGAUGGGAUUCGCACAGGAUUUAGAGGACGAAUAUGAUGCCGAGACAAGAAGAGCCGUAUUCGAGAAAAAACGUCUUGCGGCAAGGCAGAAAUUGCUUAGGUUGUAUUAUCCAACAUUCAAGCGCGGGAAACCGAUACGAAUGCAAACUCUCUUUCCGAUAAUACCGUUGCGAUACAGUUACCAAGUUCCCCCUCCAAUUAAGCGUCCACUGCUGCCCACGAAGCUGACUUUUGAAUUCCAAACAGAUACCCGAAAAGCAUUCAGAAAUGCCACUAAAUUAUCCACUGCACAAGAAUCCAAAACACAGCAAAGAAUAAUUGAAAUCUCUGAAACAGAUCUGCAGAGCGUACAGGUGGAGCCUGAGAAGCCCGAAGUGGCGAAGCAAUCAAUACAGGAUUUUGGCAAUGAGAUUGCAAUUGCCACAGCCGACUGGGACGACGAUCAGAUCAUCGAAGGGUACGAACUUGAUCUACCUGCUACCAAGAGACUCAAGCUUGACUGGGUGGAUUCAGAUGGAUGGGAUGAUGAGGAAGAUGAGCUCAUAUUUGAUGGAUCGCUCAAUAUGGAACUGUUGAACCUCAAGCUUGAUCAGAACGACCCACAUAUGCUGUUCACCAAAGAAAAAAGCGAGAAAGAGGAAGUCGCCGCAAGAAAAGCAAUUUUGGCCAAGAUCCCUACCAACGAAAAAACCCUGGAAUUGCGCUUCAAGAUUUCUAACGACAAAGAGUAUGAUCAACUAAGAAAGAGCUACCGAACCAAGGUGAGAGCCACCAUCGGUAAUAUGAAUAUUGACCACUCGAUGCCGGCGCUCAAGUUGCAGUUCCCAUACUAUAAAGUGAGACUCUCUGAGAGAGAGAUGCGGUUCCCUCAUAGACCGCAGUUCACUGUCCGUCCUAAUACAAUCAUGGUGUUUUCCAAGGUGAAAACCAGAAAGAAAAAGAGAGAUAAAGGGAAGGAGCCGCGUGAGAUAUUCAAAGAAUCUUCUGAUUUGACGUUAGGAGACUCUGCUAACUUCUUCAUGUUGGAGUACAGCGAGGAAAACCCUAUCGUGCUCAAUAAUUUCGGUAUGUGCUCUAAACUGAUCAACUACUACCGAAAACUCAAUGAAGAUGACACUAUGCGUCCCAAACUCCCUGUGGGAGAAACACACGUUUUAGGCUUGCAGGACAGAUCUCCUUUUUGGAAUUUUGGAUAUGUGGAACCAGGACAUAUAGUUCCCACGCUGUACAACAGAAUGAUCAGAGCACCUAUUUUCAAACACGAGCCACUCAGCACCGAUUUCCUGCUGAUCAGAAGCUCAGGAGGAGGGUCUUCGCAAAGAUUCUUCCUUCGUCCGGUCAACUACGUCUUCACUGUUGGCCAGACGUUACCAGUGAUGGAAGUUCCUGGGCCUCAUUCAAGAAAGGUGACAGCGACCUCCAAGAACCGACUCAAGAUGGUUGUCUAUCGUGUUCUGAAUCGAAAUGAAGAACGCAGAUUACUAGUCAGAGACAUUGCAGAUCACUUUCCAGAUCAAAACGAUAUGCAGAAUCGUCAACGAUUAAAAGAAUUUAUGGAAUACCAAAGAAGUGGAAAUGACCAAGGUUAUUGGAAAGUAAAGCUCACAGAUACCCUUCCCAAUUACGAGGAAAUAAGAAACAUUGUAUCGCCUGAGGACAUUGCUUUGCUCGAUGCCAUGCAGGCCGGCAAUCAAAGAUUAGAGGAUCUAGAUUCCUACAAGCGAGAAAGGCUGGAGGAUGGAACUCCAAAUGCCAGUCUCACUGUCCAAUCUCCUGCCAAUGAAGCAGGAUCGAAAAAGGAGCGCGAUCUCAUGGCAAACGAUGGUCCUCUCUCCGUUCAGCUCGCACCGUGGAAUAUUACACGCAACUUUGUUGCCGCCACUCAUGGAAAGGCCAUGCUUCAGAUUUACGGUGAAGGAGAUCCUUCAGGAAGAGGAGAGGCGUUUUCUUUUUUGAGAACUUCCAUGAAAGGAGGUUUCAUCAAGAAUGCGGCAAACCUGAGCGAGGGGAUUGUUCUUCCUCCAAAGAAUCCCGAGAAAGAAGAAAAAAAGAGCAGUAUAACGCAUACGUACAACGUGGCCAUCCAGCAAAAGAUCUAUGAGAAAGAGAUCGCCAAGGUCUGGUUCAAACAAUGGAAAGCUCUCAGCAAAUCCAGAAACAGCGACAAACCUCGGCCAGUUGAUCCAAAAGAGCUGGACGACACGAGAAACCUGAACAUAGCAAAUGAGACCCUUAAUCGCGAAGUGGGCGGAACAGAAAAGCCACGGUAUCUCAAAAUUGUUAGAAUGGUCAAGGAUUCCUACGGCAUCUUGCAGAGGCGCGUAGAAAUUGUGAAGGAUCCGAAAGUGGUGGAAUUGUACGUUAAAAGACGACAACGAAAGCUCCUGGAGGAUCCAAUGGAGCUCGACACCGAUAACAUCGUCCUGACCAAUGAUGCAGAGGAAAAUAAAAAGGUCAAAAAGAAGCUGGAGGAGGAGCUUGCUAAACUUCAGAAAAUGCAAGAAAAGAGAAAGAAAAAGGGUCUCAAUACAAUCAAUAUCGAUAGCGAGGGCCGCAUCAGCGGCAAGGGUAUUGGAAAAGGCAAGUCUACUAGCAGAAGAUGCGCUACAUGCGGUGCUUUGGGCCACAUCAGAACUAACAAAACUUGUCCGUUGUAUUAUACUGUCCACAACAAAUCAAAUCCUAACUACAUUCCUGGAACGGAAGGAGCUGUUGAUUUGUUGCAGAACGAGAACGAAGCUCCUCAGCAGAACGAAACGCAGCCUCUUUAG